CCACCGGCAGGAUGUGGACUCAGUGCCCGGGACAGGGAGCAGCGAGCCCGGCUGUUCUAACCCAUUAAACCUCCCUCUGCUGCUAAUGCUAAUGACACCGCGCUAAUUAGCUCCUGUGCUAACCAGGUUAGUUAAACGGGCUAAAGUGGGUUAAAGACAAAGCUGCUACUCGGCUACAGCUAACCGGUUUAAAUUAGCUUAGUUUGACGAGUUGGUAUCGUGUUGAGUUAGACUGGGUUAGUUAACCCGGGUCGGACUGGAGUUCACUGGUUCACUUCCAGUUUAAUUGUUUUAAUGUAGUUUGGGUUCAUGUUUAAAUUCAGAGUUGAGCUCAGAUGAUUAAUAAACAGGUCACGUGGUUAGUUAGUAGUGAGUAGUAGUUAACAUGAGUGUGUUCGCUGGUGAGCUGAGCCGGGACCUGGAACCAGAGUCAGGUCUGGAUCUGGAUCAGGAGACCAGGUGCUCGGGUAGUUCGUGAGUUCAGACGCAGGUUGGAACCUGGUCUGAACUCAAAGUGGUUCUUUGGGUCUUGAUGAAUCUAGUCCAGGUUUGAUUCGGACCCGGGUCCAGGAUGGCAGAGCUCCAGCAGACCCCCGCCUCACUGUGCUGCUGCCGCAGACCCCUUCCGGUCUCUGGGGCCUGGCGGCUCGGAGACCCCCCCCAGGUGGGCCCAGAGUCCGUGCGACGCCCCCUGGUGGACGUGGCCUCAGCGUCGAACUUCAGCUGCUUCCAGCUGAGACACUUCCACCUGGACCUGCGCCUGAACUUUGCUGUGAAGGAGAUGAGCGGCUGGCUGGUUCUGGAUCUGAUCCCAGUCCACCCGGGGGUCCGCACCCUGGUCCUGGACUCCCACUGCUCUCUGUUGAUCCACUCGAUCGACUGCAAGGCCCCGGGGUCCGGGGGGUCCGGGCAGGAGGAGCCCGUGUCCCUCACGUACCGGGUCGACCCCUUCACAGACUACGGCUCCUCCCUCAAUAUCAGCCUCCCGCCGGCGGCGGUGAGACCAGGACGCCUGAUCCAGAUCACCGUCCGCUACAAGACCACCGAGGGCCCGGCGAUCUGGUGGUUGGACUCGGAGCUGACCUGUGGACAGUCUCGUCCUCUGGUCUUCACUCAGGGUCACUCGGUGUGUAACCGCUCCUUCUUCCCGUGCUUCGACACGCCCGCCGUUAAAAGCACGUACACGGCGACCAUCAGGGUUCCGGAUGGCGUCACGGUGCUGAUGAGUGCGUCUCGGAGCUCCUACUCCAAAGCGGACCGGGUCUUCCAGUUCUCCAUGGACUCGCCUGUCCCCUCCUACCUGGUGGCGCUGGUGGCGGGCGAGAUGCAGCACGUGGACGUCGGCCCGAGAAGUCGAGUGUGGGCGGAGCCAUGUUUGUUGUCCUGUGCGGUAAAGAAGCUAGGGGGCAGUGUGGAGCGCUGGCUGGGCGUGGCCGAGGAGCUGUUCGGCCCCUACCUGUGGGGCAGGUGUGACAUCGUGUUCCUUCCCCCCUCCUUCCCCAUCGUCGCCAUGGAGAAUCCCUGUCUCACCUUCAUCAUCGCCUCCAUCCUGGAGAGCAGCGAGUUCCUUCUGAUCGACGUCAUCCACGAGAUCGCACACGGCUGGUUUGGAAACGCCGUGACCAACGCCACGUGGGAGGAGAUGUGGCUGAGCGAAGGGCUGGCGACCUACGCCCAGAGGAGGAUCACCACCGAGGCGUACGGUGAGGCCUUCACCUGUCUGGAAACUGUCGUGCGAUUGGACGCCCUCCACAGACAGCUGCGUCUCCUUGGAGACAACAACCCUGUGAGCAAACUGCAGAUCAAGUUUGAGCCAGGUGUGAAUCCGAGCUCUCUGAUGAAUCUGUUCACCUACGAGAAAGGUUUCUGCUUCGUGUCGUAUCUGUCGCAGCUCAGUGGAGACGUCCGGCGCUUCGACCGUUUCCUCAGGGACUUCAUCUCUCAGUUCCAGUUUAAAAGCGUUGUCGCUGACGACCUUAUCGACUACUUCCUGUGUUAUUUCCCUGAGCUGCAUGACCCCGCCCACAGAGAAGGCCUGGAGUUCGAGCGCUGGCUGAACGGCUGUGGACCUCCUCCAUAUGAGCCUGACCUGUCAGCAGGGGGCGCUCUGAUCCGGCCCGUCCAGGAUCUGUGUGACCUGUGGACGAGAAGCCACGCCCCCGACCGUAGCGCCCUGACGACCUUUGACCUCUCAGCCUGGAGCACCUUUCAGAUCGUCCUGUUCCUCGACCGCAUGUUGGACCACUCGCCGCUGCCACACGAUGUGAUGCUGAGUCUGUCUAGUUGUUACUCGUCUCUGUUUGACGGUUUGAACGCUGAGGUUCAGAUCCGCUGGCUUCAGAUGGUCGUGAGGAACACGUUCCAUCCCGACGUCCCACGAGUCCGAGCCUUUCUGCACAAACACACGUCCAGGAUGUACACGGUGCCGCUGUACGAGGACCUGGUCGCCGGCGUGUUGAAGUGCGUUGCCGUGGAGAUUUUCUACCAGACUCAGCGUCGCCUUCAUCCGAACCUUCGACGGACGUUGCAGCAGAUACUGUUCCAAACCAGCUCCGCAGCAGCCAAUCAAAACAGCUCGUCUCUUCCGGUUCCGUCCCCCCCCACGCCGCCGCCGCAUCCCACUGCCACGGCAACUGCCUCCGCGGCGACCGCUGGGACAACGGCCGCCAUCGCUCUGAGGGACAUCAAUGUGUCGGCAUGACGGCGGUCAUGGGAUAGAAUUCUGGCUGUGAUUGGUCAGACAAAUGAUGCAAGCUGUUGCUAUGACAACAGCGGAGUGCUACAGACACUGAAAGUUGAAACACUGUGACAUCACGACAGGAAAUACACUCCAUGGUUUGAAUGUUUGGGUGUUUGAGGGGGUCAGAGGUCGUGGCGUGGACCUUCAUCAUGUGACCUCUGAGCUGAUCUUCUUCAGCGUGACUGUUAACCCUUGAACUUAUUCAGGGGGAGGAGUCAUGUGUGGCAUCACCUGAGCGGCCUUAACGCUGUGGUCACUGCAGCCGUCCAAUCACCAGCGACUUCAGAUUCACUGUGAGAAGAAACAUUUCAAAUCACUGAUCAAUACUUCACUUUUUACACUGAAGCAGAAACGUCUCAUGAUUUAUCGUUUGAUUUUAAAUUAAAUAAAAAACACUUGAUACAAUAACAUGUUUUCUACUUUAUUUUCAACUUUAUUUAAAAGCAUUGGUCUUCAGCUAAUUCACAUAAAAGUGAUCAAAUGUUAUUGAUUAGGAAACAGAGUAAAAGUAAAUGUUAAAAUGAUUAAUUUAAUUUACUGUCUUUUUAAUAUUUCAACUCCUCUUGUCUAAUGUUUUAUUUUAUAAUAAAAGCUUAAAGGGCCCAUAUUGUGUAAACAUGUUUUCCUAUCUGUAAUGACUUGAAGGGACCCGGACUGUGGCUCAUCCUGAUGAUAACGACAGAUUGAUGUUCACUAACGAACUCUCAAUAACGGGCAGAAUUUCUUUCACUGAUUUUGUAAGAAUGGGAUCAAAGAUACAAGUUGUUGGUUUAGAACCUGAGAUUAUUUUGGGCUGUCGUUAUUAUUGUCAACAUGAAUAUUAAAGUCCCCGAAUCUGU